AUGUGUAUGAAAAACCCAAAGCCGCUCACUGCUGGGCACGAGUAUGGCUACCUGAGUCUAGAAUCGGCCCUCCAGGUGCCGCAACAGGGCACCGUUGCCAAUGUCUUGGCACCCUUCACCAACCACCAGUCAUUGUGCGUGUCUGGCGAGCCCAGAUAUGACGAGAAAACAUCACCACAAGCAGUCUGUGAACAGGCUGGCCGUGCAGAGCUGGUGCUGCUUUUGGACGAAAAGUCGGGUGAGUGGGGUUAUGACUUUGAGAAGCAAGUUCCUAUGCUGAAAAGCUCCAACGAUCUCACUUCAGUACGCACGAAAGUGUUUUUAUUGGUGGUUUCGGUGGUGGUGUUGGGGUAUCGUAUGGUGCAGACCAGCCAGAGCGGGUGA